GGGGAAGUAGGCUUAGCAUGAAAGGAAUAGAGGGUGGAUUUGAUCCGCUGUUGCUACACGUGGAUAUGAAAUGAGUGGAGCGGAGCUUUGAUAGCAACGGAUUUCAUCUACUCUGGGACAUUACUUCUCACUUUGUACACUGGAAUAAAAGACACAGCAAACAGCCUUCUUACCAUGGAUUGCCAAGAAAAUGAAUACCAGGACCAAUGGGGACGGUGCGUCACAUGCCAACAGUGUGGUCCUGGACAAGAGCUCUCCAAGGAUUGUGGUUAUGGAGAGGGUGGAGAUGCAUACUGUACAGCUUGCCCUCCUCGAAGGUACAAAAGCAGUUGGGGCCAUCACAGAUGUCAGACUUGCAUUACCUGCGCCAUCAUCAAUCGUGUCCAGAAGGCCAACUGUACAGCUACCUCUAAUGCAGUCUGUGGGGACUGUCUGCCCAGGUUCUACCGAAAGACACGCAUUGGAGGGCUACAGGACCAAGAGUGCAUCCCAUGCACAAAGCAGACCCCCACCUCUGAGGUUCAGUGUGCCUUCCAGUUGAGCUUAGUGAAGGCAGAUGCACCCACAGUGCCCCCUCAGGAGGCCACACUUGUUGCACUGGUGAGCAGUCUGCUAGUGGUGUUUACCCUGGCCUUCCUGGGGCUCUUCUUCCUCUACUGCAAGCAGUUCUUCAACAGACAUUGCCAGCGUGUUGCAGGAGGUUCGUUGCAGUUUGAGGCUGACGAAGCAGUGGAGGAGGAAUCUCUUUUCCCCGUGCCACCUGGCCAGGAGACCAGUCCUGAGUCCCCAGUGAGUGAGAGCAUCUUUGAGACCCAGCCACUUAACCCCAUCCUGGAUGACGACUGCAGCUCGACUCGUGGCUUCCCCACACAGGAGUCAUUUACCGUGGCCUCCUGUGCCUCAGAGAGCCACUCCCACUGGGUCCACACCCCCAUCGAAUGCACAGAGCUGGACCUACAAAAGUUUUCCAGCUCUGCCUCCUGUACUGGAACCGAAAACUUGGGUGGGAAUACAACUGACAGCGUUGGAGACAGGCGGGAGCUCAAUGUGCCCUAUGAAGUUCCUAGCCCUUAACUCUACUGAGGUCUCUCAUGCUCCUGAAAGCCUUGUCCAGUCAUUCUUUGAUUCUCCUGCCUUGUUCCUAUACCACAACAGCUGCAGGGGCCUGGGAUGUGGUAUCUACAAAUGGGGUAUUUCCUACCCCCUACUACCAGCGGAUUGAUCCUGUACCAUCUUCCCAGAACUGAUGUGCACCAUUUCUUG